GACCUAGAUAAACAGACCAAAGGUGAAUGGAGCCUGCAGGCCGCUGAGUGAGCUCCAGCUAGGAGAAGGGGACAUGGACUUCCUGAGGCUGAGUCUCUUGCUGGCAACGGCCCUGCUGCAAGUGGGCGGAGACCCAUGGCCGAAGGCCGUAUUUGGGCGCCUCGCAUCCCCCGGUUUCCCGGAAGUGUACCCCAACAACGAGGAGCAGAGCUGGAACCUGACGGCCCCCCCCGGCUACCGAAUCCGGCUCUACUUUACCCACUUCGAUCUGGAGCUGUCCUAUCUCUGCGAAUAUGACUUUGUGAAGCUCUACUCUGGGGACAAGCUGCUGGCCACCCUCUGCGGGCAGGAGAGCACGGACACGGAGCAGGCGCCCGGCAACCACACGUUUCACUCGGAGGGCAGCCGCCUCCGCGUCGCCUUCCGCUCCGACUAUUCCAACGAGAAGGACUUCACCGGCUUUGAGGCCUUCUACGCGGCCGAGGACAUUGAUGAAUGCGGGGUGCCACCCGGAGCGGACCCCAUCUGUGACCACCAUUGCCACAAUUACCUGGGCGGCUUCUCCUGCUCCUGCCGAGCCGGCUUCAAACUCCACAAAGACAAGCACACCUGCUCAGCCCAGUGCUCAGGCCAGGUCUUCACCGAACGAUCUGGAGUGAUCACGAGCCCCGACUACCCCCAGGCCUACCCCAAACUCUCCAGCUGCAGCUACAGCAUCCAGGUGGAAGAUGGUUUCAACAUCAUCCUAGAAUUUGAGGACUCCUUUGAUGUUGAAACUCACCCAGAGACCUUGUGUCCCUAUGACGUCCUGAAGAUUAAAACAGACAAAGAAGAAUACGGUCCAUUCUGUGGACAGACCUUGCCCCCCAAAAUUAACACUAAAAGCCACAGUGUGACCAUCACCUUCAUCACCGAUGACUCAGGAGACCACACCGGAUGGAAAAUCCGAUACGUGACCACAGCUCAACCGUGCCCUAAUCCAAUAUCGCCACCUCAUGGCCGCAUCGCGCCAGUGCAGCCGAAAUACAUCUUGAAAGACCAUUUCUCUCUCUCUUGUGAGACGGGAUACGUCCUCUCCAAAGAUGAAAGGAUUUUGAAGUCUUUUACUGCAGUCUGUCAGAAAGGCGGAACCUGGGACCAAGCAAUGCCAAAAUGCAUCAUUGUUGACUGUGGCCCGCCUGAUGAUCUAUUCAAUGGCCAAGUGACAUACAUCACAGAUAGUGAAGUGACCACGUAUGAAGCCGUGAUUCAAUAUAGCUGCAAAGGCCCCUUCUACACUAUGAAAAUGAAUAAUGAUGGUAAAUAUCAGUGUGGGGCUGAUGGCUUCUGGAAGAACUCCAAAGGAGAAAAUUCACUCCCAGUCUGUGAGCCUGUUUGUGGUGUGGCAUCUCAGAGACUGGAGCGAGUACUUGGAGGGAGGAAGGCCAAGCUUGGCGAGUUUCCCUGGCAAGUCAUGCUCCUCGGGGAUGCUCUUGCUGGAGGUGUGCUUCUGCAUGACAACUGGGUGCUUACAGCUGCUCAUGCAAUCCAUGAGCAGAGAGACCUAGCAUCUCUGGAAAUCAAGAUGGGGCUUCUGAAGCGAUCCUCACCUCACUAUACAGAGGGCUGGGCAGACAAAGUCUUUAUACAUGAGGGUUACACCUAUGAUGAGGUCAACUUUGACAAUGAUAUCGCCCUGAUUAAGCUGAAGAAUCACAUACAAAUUAACAGUAAUGUCACGCCAAUCUGCUUGCCAAGAAAAAAUGGAACCCGUGUGAAAGCAAAUGAUUUGGGAACAGUAUCUGGCUGGGGAAGGACUGAAAAAGGUUUCAGAGCUCACAGUCUCAUGUAUGUUGAACUACCAGUUGUUGACCAGCAAACGUGCCGAGCAGCAUUAGAAAACAAGAAGUCCCCAGGAGGCAAACCUCUCAUCCUAACUGACAACAUGAUAUGUGCUGGUUUUCAAAGUGGUGGCAAGGAUUCUUGUUCUGGGGACAGUGGAGGGCCCUUUGCAUUUCAAGACCACAAAACCAAAAAAUGGUUUGUAGGCGGGAUUGUGUCCUGGGGUUUGGGAUGUGGUGAGGCAAAUCAGUAUGGAAUGUACACCAAUGUCAUUAACUAUAUUCCUUGGAUUGAGAAUAUAAUUUUGAAUAACCCUUAAAUUACAGACACUUCCAUUAUCUUCUCCCUUAAUAAAAAUUAUUUUUCCAGCAA